AUGACCAACACCACCACCACCACCAAGAACCGUCGUCUCUCCUUGAUCCGUCUCUUCAACGGCAAGCAGCAGACAAAGGACUCCACUCUCGAGGCAAUCCCUGCGAUCCCCCCCAACUACCGCCACUCAAUGGCCCCCUCGAUGGACGCUAUCCAGUCCCAGAUGAUGCGCGAGCGUCGCAAGUCCAUUGCUGCCAUCACCGGUGACUCCACCUCCCGAUCAGUCAGCCUCGAUAUGAAGCACCCCGUCGAGAUGACCGACAAGAUGCGCCAGUUCGAUGAGCUUCUCCAGAAGCGUCGUGGCUCCACCAUCCGUAUCUCUCUCACCCCAAGUCUCCUCCAAGAGUGCUAG